AUGCACACUCUCAAUUCCUCUAACAUUGAGGUCACCACCUUCUUCCUGGUUGGAAUCCCAGGACUGGAGCACCUUCAUGUGUGGAUCUCUAUCCCCAUCUGCCUCAUGUACCUGGUGGCCAUCCUCGGCAACUGCAUCAUCCUCUUUGUGAUCUGGACAGAACCCUCACUCCAUGCACCCACGUACUAUUUCCUUUCCAUGUUGGCUACUGCUGACCUGGGCCUCUCUCUCUCAUCCUUUCCCACUAUGCUAAGGACCUUUGUUUUUAAUGCUACUGGAAUUUCCCCAAAUGUCUGCUUUGCUCAAGAAUUCUUUAUCCAUGGAUUCAUGGAUCUGGAGUCCUCAGUGCUUCUGAUAAUGUCUUUUGACCGCUUUUUGGCCAUACGCAACCCUCUGAGAUACAGCUCCAUCCUCACCAAUAGCAGAGUUGCUAAGUUGUGCCUGGUGUUUUUCACUAAAAGCAUGCUCUUAAUGCUUCCAUUUCCUUUAGCUCUCAAAAGUUUGACAUACUGUAAGAAGAGCCUGCUUUCUCACUCAUAUUGUCUCCAUCAGGAUGUCAUGAACCUGGCUUGCUCUGACAACACACUUGACUUUUUCUAUGGUUUUUUUGUUGCCCUAUGUAUGAUGUCAGACAGUGUGCUUGUUGCUAUGUCCUACGUAUUCAUCCUGAAGACCGUGAUGGGAAUUGGAUCCCAUAAGGAACGGCUCAAGGCCCUCAACACCUGUGUCUCACACAUCUGUGCUGUGCUCAUCUUCUACGUGCCCAUCACUGCUUUGGCCUUUAUGCACCACUUUGGCAAGCACGAGUCCCCAAGUGCCACGAUCCUCAUUGCUGACAUUUUCUUGGUAGUGCCACCUCUGAUGAACCCCAUUGUAUACUGUGUAAAGACACGGCAAAUUCGUGAGAAAAUUCUGGGAAAGUUGGGUCUAAAAUAA